AUGCAUGUUCAAGGACCCUUUGCUUUCCUUUCUGCAUACCUCGAGGCCGUUUAUAUCCAUACGGAAGCUACGACCUGAUCUGUGUUUCUAUCUGACAAGACACAUUUUUUACCAUUUUUUUGGCUUUCAAUCUGCAGGCUCAGACUCUUACAGCGACAUAUAGAGAUGGGCUCCGUUUCGAGGCGUGGCAUCUUUCAUGUUCGACAGGAUGCACCUUUAGGUUCCACAACGGCUGAGAGCACCCCAGCCAUCCAAACUCACAACAGGAGUAACGUCCCAAAGAUUAAUGGUUCUGAAGGAGCUUUCAUCGGCCUGGUUGUCGCACUCUCGCUCAUCUUCAUCCUCGCAUGUGCUGCGAUCUUUUUGCUCCUGCGGUAUCAUGAACCCACAUCUCACGAACGUGAAAGAAGACGUAAAUACUCUAUCCGUCGUCCCGGCGCAUCCCAUCCCCUUCCCAUCGGGUUGCACGAUCCAGAAUCCUCGGAAGGAUUUGGUUCUGUCAAGGAGAAACUGGGGAACAUGUUCAAAAGCGGUCGACGCACGCGUUCUGGAUGGCUUCAGGCGGCUGGAGAUGAGUGGGACAGUGGUGAUGAAUCUGCUUUGACGGGGGAGCGCAGAGAGAUGGUCUCUGUGAAUGCGGCACAGGCAGGUCGGACCGCAGAGUUCAUUCAUCCCGCUGGUGUGGGUAAGGGGGACGAUGGGCUGGCAGCUUCACCAUUGGAAAUGCCGUACGAAGAUCCAUUCUCGGAGACUCCAGUCAUUCAUGUGCAGGCCCCGUCUGGCCCAGCACCUUCGGCCUUCGAGCCGUACGAUGGACGUGCGACGUCAUAUUUCCCUACACGUAAAACCCCAGGUAGGGAAGAGCGCGGGCCCUCGUCGGACUCAGUGCAGCAAGUAUCGACCCUUGCUGGAGGUACCAAGUUUAGGGAGAACGUUUGAGGUGGGUUAUUGAAAAUGGGGAUUAUUGGACCUAAGUACUCUGACGCCAAGCUCAUGACUUCACGAUUAUGUAUGAGGUUCGCUACUCGGGCGACUGUGUAUUCUUCCCGUGUAUGUAUUCAUUUCCUCCGGAUUGUCACUGUCGGCAGUAUCACGAAUUAUUUUGACAAUCGCUGUACUUUGAAUUUCUUUUUUUUGACUUGCCUCCCAUCGUGUAUGUCGAUAUCGCCUCGUGUUGACCUAUAUAGUUUCAAAGAUGUUGGAAACU